CUAUUUCAUACAAGUUGGGUGUGGAGAACCCGCGAGUCGGCGACAGCAUUAAGAAAGCGGUGACUGAAAGCCUGAAACUUCAACGGGAGGGAACAGCCGGAAUGCAUGAAGAGAUGAGUGAGAUUUCACCUAUUAGAUGGCGCUUCUCCAGUUUCCAGAAUUGGUACCCAUGGAGCAGAGUAAACCAUAUAUGGGAAAAGAAAGGAGGCCGAGCCUGAAGGCAACGAGGUGCCAGAGGGCGAGGGCAGGGCGACGCCCGGCCAUGAUCGGCACAUGCAAUGCUUCCCCUUCUCUGUGCUGUUGUAGACGGAGACGGCAUGCUUGCCACAGCCUCCCCAUACGACGCACGGCAGGAGAUCGCGCGCACGAAUACGGCGAAGGAUCGAGUGGCUUCGGGUUGUUAUCGUCGAGGAUCUUCUCCUUCCUCCGUGCAAGCGAGACCCAUGGCGCGCGUGGCUUCGGGCCCUCUCGGCCUUCUCCCGGGCCUCCGCCCUCGAUCCACACCCCGCCUCCCAACUCUCCGCCACGGGGCCAAAUCCGAACCCGCCGAUCCCCAAAUCGAACCCUCUCCUCCUCCUCCCACGUUUCGUUUUGUCAGGACGAACAAAUUGUCGAGAGUAAAUCGGUCGAUGACAGUAGUCAGCCAGCUAGUAGUGUUUCCCAGAAUGCCGGAUUCGUAGAAUUCCCGAAUAAAGAUGUUAACAGAAGGAUUGCGCUGGCUUCGACUACUGCCGCAGUUGGGCUCUUCUUGUCCACAAGACUUGAAUUCGGUGUUUCGUUGAAAGAUCUAGCUGCUAGUGCUGUACCGUACGAAGAGGCUCUAUCAAAUGGAAUGCCUACUGUUGUCGAGUUUUAUGCUGAUUGGUGUGAAGUCUGUCGAGAAUUGGCUCCGGACAUCUAUAAAAUCAAGCAGCAGUACAAGGAUCGUGUCAAUUUUGUUAUGCUGAACGUCGAUAACACAAAGUGGGAACAAGAGCUCGACGAGUUUGGAGUGGAAGGGAUUCCCCAUUUUGCCUUCUUGGACAAGGAUGGAAACGAAGAGGGAAAUGUUGUUGGCAGGCUCCCUAAGCAAUAUUUUCUUGAGAAUGUUGCUGCCCUCGCUAAUGGGGAGCCUACAAUUCCCCACUCCCGUGUCGUGGGUCAGUACUCCAGUGCUGAGGCCCGAAAGGUCCAUCAAGUUGUUGAUCCUCGAAGCCAUGGUUGAAGUUGCUCCAUAUAAGCAUUGGCGACAACCGGUCGCUGUCAUAUUACACAAAUCCUGUUUGGCAUGGCUGGGACAUCAACAAAAGGCUCGCUCCGGGCUCCUCCUGAUUUGCUGUUCGUUCUACGUGAAGAAAAAAAAAAAUCUCAUUGUGGAUUAGAUCGAUUGAUUUUGUAGAAAUCCACCUAGAGAUAUUCUUUAGAACCCGGAAUGUUUGUAUAUUUGUAAGUUUUAUGUUAGCUUGUUAAACUCUCUCUCUCUCUCUCUCUCUCUCUCUCUCUCUCUAACUGAUAUUCAAGUAAAAAUUCAAUGACUUAUUCCAAAAGAUUAGAAGGACAAUAAAUAAAGCUGGAAAGCUUAAUAUACUUCA